AUGGGCGUCCAGGGCUUCCAAGAGUUCCUGGAGAAGAGGUGUCCCGGGGCCGUGGUGGCCGUGGACCUCCUCCCACUCGUGCGCACGGUCUCGCGCCAGCAGCACAUCCAGCUGCCACCGAUAGCAGCCCUAGCGCCCGGGGUUCCACGCGUUGCCGCUGCCAGAGGCUCCGCAUCUCAGCAACCGCCGCUCCCGCCCGCUGCCUUGGGUGCCUACUCCGGGGGCACGGGGCCAGCUCGGCACCAUCAUCCGGCUCACCUCCACCGCCACGGUCAAGCGCAGUCCGGGCUGCACCCUGCCCCUUCGCUGCCCGGAGCCCGGGUGCUGGUGGACGUGGGUUCGGCACUGCUGCGGCUCUACGGCGGCUACCAGACAGAUUGGGUGUGUGGCGGCCAAUGGAACGCCAUGCUGUGCUACUUGUCAGCAGUGUGCCAGGCUUGUGCAUAUCCUGGCGGCGACGGCCUGGAGCUAGCGGUCAUGUUCCCUGGGGCCCUGAGUAAGGACCGGCUGGCCUAGUGGGGCCGUCAGUGCCAGGCCGAGCGGCAGACAGUGCAACUGAUUGUGGGACAUGUGGGCGACAAGGGCACCCCUCCACCACAGGCCUGGUUCUUAGCACCGGUCUGCCUGAGCCACUGCGUGAGGCUAGCUUUCAAGCGCUUCCGGGUCAAGGUCUUUCAGAGCCUUGAGGACCACCAUUUGGAAGUGGUGGGUUUUUUCAGGGAAAAUGACUUCCAUGGCCUUCUUGCCCGUGACUCCGAGUAUGCUCUCUAUGAUACUCCCUCUUACUACAGUUCCCAUGCUCUGAAUCUGAGCUGGAACUGGAAGAACCUCACUACCAACCAGUUCCUGAUGCAGGAGGUGGCCAAGCAGCUAGCGCUGAAGCAAAUGAAUUUUCCCAUAUUUGCUGCGCUGCUAGGUAACCACAUUCUCCCAGAUGAGGACCUGGCCACUUUUCACUGGAACCUCUUCAGACCAGAGCAUCCUCUUGCAUCUCUUAAGGCCUGAGCUCAUCAGCUGGUUCUUCCUCCCUGUGAUAUGGUGAUCAAAGCUGUUUCCAAGUAUUUUAGUUCCAUCAAAGACCCCUCAAACCUGGAUGUAGUUGGGAAGGAUGUUUUCAAACAGUCUCAGUCCAGGACAGAAGAUAAAAUAGAGUGAUUCAAGAAAGCAGUUGAGUACUAUUCAGUUACAACCAAACUGUCUUUGCUGCCAGUGGGUCCCUCCUUUCUAGGUUUUCAGAAUAAUCAGCUUGGAAAUUCUCCCUUUCCACGAAAUCAAACGGGCACCAUCUCUGCUGGAAAGCCAAUGUUUUCUCACAAAGUACCCCAGAAAAUGAAAUAUCCACUGUCAUUCCCAGUGGGACCCAACUCAUCUCUUCUCUUCUCCUCCCAUGCUCUGGGGGAAUCUCCUGCUUUUUCUGAGGAUCCCAUGCUGCAGGACAGCCCCUUUGCCAAUUGGGCUGUGUCUUAUGACUCCUCUACAUCCCAGUUUCCUAAUUACCUGACUUCUAAAGCUUCACCUCCUUUGAGACCACACUCUUCCCACUCCUCUUCCUCUGAUGGUGAUGAAUCAAAUGGAACCAGCUCUCAUCACAUCGCAGAAGCACUUCAGAAACAGCCUGGAUGGGAGGGUACCAAUGGUGACAGAGUGUCCUGGGUACAGCCCAUUGAUGCUGCAGUUUCAGAUGAGCCCCAUAGCCUAUCUCUGCUGUCUGUGUCUACGAGAAACCACAUGGACAUCACCAUUCCGCCCUUACCUCCAGUAGCUCAAGAAGUCUUACAGGUUGCUGAACAAAGACACCAGAGGGGUCUUAUGUACCCUUAUAUCUGUCAUAUCCUCACUAAGGGAGAGUUGAGAUUAAUAUCCCUGUAUAUUGAAGAUGAGUGUGACAUGGAGCUGCCCCUAGCCACUCUCCUGUUCCUGUCAGCUUGUCAAUAUGUAUGAGUCCUUUUUAGUCUGGCAGAGACACAGCAGAAAAUGGAACACCUGGCCAUAUGAUGGCGGCUGCCUGUGGAAGACAGUCAUUUUGGUGUCAUCCCCUUUGACAGUGUUACCCGGUAUGGUCCGCAGCCCCCGCACACCACUAGUUAUGCCACUGGCUAA